AUGUUUGUUGUUGAGCCUGCGAUUGAAUCUCAAUUGUUUGCUCUAUUAACACGACCACAAUCUUAUACCAUCGAGAAUCUUAAGGAUUUGCAUGAUCAUCAUUAUCAUGUUUAUUUUUACCGAGGGAUUGAGAAAUAUUUUUUAAAAGAGCAAUUGUGGACAACCCCUGAGGAUAUGAAAUAUCUUCAUUCGUUAAAGCUAUACGAUUUUGAGGAUUGUAUAGAACUAGCUAGUAAAAAUAAUACUGUAGCCUGCGUAUUUCAAUCUGAUGAUAUUUUAGAAGAAGCUGCAAAAAAAAAAUCUACAUAUUUCCAGCAAGUUUGCUUUCGUAGUAAAUUCAUUCUACUGGUCUCGUAG